AUGAAUCAAGAAACUAUUGUUAGUACACGGACAGACAGAGAAAUUCGUAAAACGAUAAUAACACCCGGUGACUACAAUAUCGUCCCUUACGAAGAUUCCCGGUGUAGAAUAUCUCUAAGCGAUAUUGUUUGUAAAAACGAUACUGGACCGUGUGACAUUGAAACUGAAUGCGUUAUUUUAAGUUCCACCUUCGAUGGCAAUGUUGUUAUUGGUGAUAUGGAUAACUUUAUAGACAAAGAUUUCGAAUUAAUUCUACAACAAAUGUGCUGCGGCGAGACAUGUCUAGCGAAGAUAGUGUAUAGAAAUAAUCAAAAUGAGUUAGUCAAAGAAAUUUCUUGUGGUAUCCAUUUGAAAGAUGUAACAGAGGAACAGUUAAUUAGUGACUGGAGUUGGAAUCGAUUAUAUGAAGCAUCAAUUCAUCAUAAAGAAAAGGGUGUACAAUUGGUAAAAGAGAAAAGAAUAUUUGAUGCAUUUAGACGAUUUAGUAAGUCCUUUAAAAUGUUAGUUGCCAUUGAGCCUAUUGACCCAGAAGUUAUUGCUGAUGAGCAAGUGAAAGAGAUGACUGAAUUACGAGUAAAAUUAUACAAUAACUUAGCACACUGUCAGCUUCAAUUUAAUGAGUAUGAAGCUGCCUUGAAGUUAUGCAGUUUGGCUUUAAAAAAUGACCCUGAGAAUAUCAAGUCUCUAUAUAGGAGGUGCAUAGCAUAUGCUGGCUUGCAUAUGUAUGAAGAAGCAUGGGCUGACAUACAGCAUGUUUUGCAGAUUGAUCCUCAUGACAAGGCAGCUAAAUUAAAAGCAAAUGAAUUGAGACCAUUAAUCAAAAAAGUGAAUGAAGAUUACUCAAAUGUUAUUAAGAAAAUGUUUAUAUCAUAA